UUUUACAGUGAGAAUAGCCAAGUUUUUGCUCGGAAAAUAGACGAUAAUGUGUGUGUUCACCAAUUUUCUAAUGGACUCGGUUUAGUGUUUAUUUUAAUUAUUUACUUCAAUUUGUGUCCCAAUUAAUUAGAUUUGUUUGAUUAUUUUUUUUGUACAAAAAUUGUACAUAAUGUCUGGAGAAACCAUUGGUAUCAUUUAUCCUCCGCCGGAGUUGAGAAACAUUGUUGACAAGACUGCUAGUUUUGUUGCUCGUAAUGGUCCUGAGUUUGAAACAAGAAUCCAGCAAAAUGAACAAAAUAACCCGAAAUUUAAUUUUCUCAAAGCUGGUGACCCUUAUCAUGCUUAUUAUCAAUAUAAAGUCAAAGAAUUUAAAGAAGGUUCGAAAGGCAGUGAAAUAUCAGCUCCACCUAGUACUGUUUCUAAUUCAUUCCAACCGGCUCAAAAUCGGUCCAUUCAACCUCAACAAAAUAGGAUAAAUAAACAACUAGAGCUGUUUGCCGAAACUGCUUUUGUUCCUAAAGAUCCGCCGCCAGAUUUUGAAUUCUCUGCUGAACCUCCUUCCAUCUCAGCAUUAGAUUUAGAUAUUGUCAAGUUGACUGCUCAAUUUGUUGCAGUUCAUGGAAGAUCCUUUCUCACUAACUUAAUGAAUAGGGAACAGAGAAAUUUCCAAUUUGACUUCUUACGACCACAACAUGGAAUGUUUGGUUAUUUUACUCAACUUAUAGAACAAUACACUAAAAUUCUCAUGCCAGCUAAAAACUUAGUCCCUGAUUUGCAAAAGGAAAUCGCAUCGCCAAGCUCCAUAUUGGCCAAAGUGAGGUAUAGGCAAGAAUGGGCCAAAAUACAAGAAGCCGAGAAAAGAAGAGAACAAGAAGAAGCUGAAAGAGAAAGGAUUCAAUAUGCCCAAAUCGAUUGGCAUGAUUUUGUGAUAGUAGAAACGGUUGAUUAUCAAUUACACGAGCAAGGUCUUUUCCCUCCUCCUACAACACCAGAAAGUGUUGGUUCGCGACUUCUGUUGCAGCAACGAAUUGAAGAGCAAGGACAAGAAGCGGUGGAAAUGGACGUUGAUUCUGAUGAAGAAUUAGAUGAAAUCAGAAAAGCUGAAAAGGCAAAAGAAUCUAUGCCACCUCCAUUGCCACCUUUACCUCCUCAAUUGGAUAAUGUUGUCAUUCGGAAAGACUAUAAUCCCAAAGCUAAGACUCAAGCUGCACCAGUUGCCGCAGCCACAAAAACAGCUGAAGCAUGGGUUGUCUCACCCAUUACAGGGGAGAAAAUUCCUGCCGAAAAGCUGCAAGAACAUAUGCGUUACGGUCUUUUAGAUCCACGAUGGGUUGAGCAAAGAGAACGAGCUCUUCAAGAAAAGAUGCAACAAGAAGAAGUUUAUGCAUCUGGAUCAGCUAUUGACAUGAAUCUUAAAGAAUUAGCUGAAAGACGUAGUGAUAUUUUCGGUUCUGGUGAUGAAGAAACUGCAAUCGGUAAAAAGAUUGGUGAAGAGGAAAGAAAGAAGCCAGAGAAAGUCACCUGGGAUGGUUACACUGCUAGUAUGGAAGCGGCAACUCGAGCUGCUCGAGCUAAUAUUUCAAUUAAGGACCAAAUUCAACAAAUUCAUCGUACCAAAGGACUUCUUCCUGAUGAAGAUAAGGAAAGAAUUGGACCAACGUUGCCAUCAUCAUCACAAGCUAAUCAAGGUCCACCUGUAUCAUCAGCUAUGAUUCAAGCAAUGUCAGGUCCACCUCCAACAACACAAUCAAUGUCAGGUAGACAUCACCACCACCACCAUCAACAACAACAAAAGAUGGACCAACAACCUAAUCAACCACAAAUGCCAACUAUGGUUAAUCUAGUUAAUCCGUUGACCGGUGGGCCUCGAGGCCAGCCUCAUCCCCACUCACAUCCUAGUUUACAACAACCCCAUGUAUUGACUCCUCAACAAGCUACACAGUUUGUUUUACCGCCAGGUGCUCAACCCAACGGACCUCCAUUCAUGAUACCAACUCCUCAAAUGAUGAUGGGGAUGUAUGGAAUUACUCAGAUACCUACAAUGCCUCCUAAUGAAGAUCUAAACCCUAAUUCUGUUUCCAUGAGUAUUUCACAAGAUGAUGAACCGCCAUUCAAAAAGUCUCGAGAAGAUAGCAUGGUUCCUGAAGACGAGUUUAUGCGUCGUUUCAAUGGUCCCGUCACCUUCCAAGUCAAAGUUCCCGAAGUACCAGAUAAACCUGAAUGGAAUUUACAGGGACAAACAGUUAAUUUAACAUUACCUUUAACUGAUAUGGUAUCAGUGAUUAAAGCAAAAAUUCAUGAGCAACUUGGCCUUCCGCCCGGUAAACAAAAGUUACAAUUCGGAAGUACUUUUAUUAAAGAUUCAAAUACCUUAGCUUUUUGUAAUAUUGGCUCUGGAGCCACUUUAACACUUGGUCUCAAAGAAAGAGGUGGUCGUAAAAAAUAAUUUAUAAAUUACAUUAUAUUAAUAACAACAUUUGCAUUAAUUAACUGCAUUGGUUAAUUUGCUUGCUAUCGUGUUUUCAUCAUCAAUCAUCUCCAUUGCAUUAGCUGUUAAGCUUGUACUUUUCAAUAUUAAACCAUGGAACUUGACUUUCUUUGAUAAAU